CGUGAUCGGGUUCGGACGUGUGGAUGACGUCACUGUAACGUUUGCCACCGAGUGUGUGAUGUGUGACGCGAGCCGACUGACAGGAAUGCGUGAGGUGCGGGGAACUACAUUCAGCAGCGGAGUGACACCGCGCGCGCUGCUCGUCAUUUCCUUAUGUGGAGCGGAGGGAUCUGGGGGCCGGGCCUCAGUGCAGAAACACAACUUUUAAACUUUAUUUGAUUUUCAUGGACGAACAUUUUCCGAGCGUGUUUCCGGUGCCGCUCGGUCGUUCGGCCUGAACCGUCCACGGCUCCGGACUUUGUGAGGUGAGUAGCGGCUAAGUGGCUAGCUACUAGCCGGCAGCUAGCGGCGCUGCUAGCGGACUCUGCCCGGGCUACAGCUCCCUGCCCCGGCGGGACGACCCGUGCUCACACCGGGAGGAGGAGGUGUCCAGGCCGGGGCGGGCACGGGGACGUAUCGGGGACUGCUGGCGGGAAGCGGCGCAGGAAUGGGCACCAGAGCCGGAACUGGACUCACGGGGGUCACGACUGGACCCAGCUCUGACCCCGGAGCGUUCAGCACCGAGGUGAUCUACAGCGGCUCCGACCAGGACUCCGAGUCCGGGGAUGAGGAGGACACGGCGGGUUCAGGCGGGGACAGGAGAGGGGUGAAGAGGGAGCGGAGCGAGAGGGAGGUCGGGCGACAGUCCGCGCCCACCUCCGGAGGACAGAGCCGGGCUUACGUCGGGGUCAGCCCCGGGGUGCCAGGGGCCAAACCCGGCAAGAAAACCAGAGGAAGAGUCAAGAUCAAGAUGGAGUUCAUCGACAACAAACUGAGGAGGUACACGACGUUCAGCAAGAGGAAGACCGGCAUCAUGAAGAAGGCGUACGAGCUGUCCACGUUGACCGGGACUCAGGUGCUGCUGCUGGUCGCCAGUGAGACGGGUCACGUGUACACGUUCGCCACCAGGAAGCUGCAGCCGAUGAUCACCUCGGAGACGGGCAAAGCUCUGAUCCAGACCUGCCUGAACUCUCCGGACUCCCCCCCCCGCUCCGACCCCUCCUCCGACCAGAGGAUGAGCGCCACGGGCUUCGAGGAGACCGACCUCACCUACCAGGUCUCUGAGGCAGAGGCGUGUGCAGAGGGCAACAAGGAUCUGUUCAAACCAGUCUUCACCUUGUCCAACCUGCCCAUCACCACACAGACCACGCCCCCCGCCUCCUCUUCACCAUCCUCCUCCUCGUCUUCGUCCUCUGUGUCCAUGCAGGUGCAGACCUCUGCCCCCUCCUGGCAGCUACCCUCCUCCACUAAUGGGACCGUGUUGAAGACGUCGGCGGGUGUCAUGCUUCCUGCAGGCUUCACCUUGAUGCCAGGUGGCUCGCUGCCCCCUGGCACACACACCAUCCCCCUCACUCAGCUGCAGGGCCAGUCUCUGUCCAUCCAGGGCCCCGUGGCCCCCGGCCACACCGCCACGCGGCACGCUCCGUCCACACAGGCGACCACGCUGCUCCACCUCCCCGCCACUGUGACACUCGCCAGCACAGGGGGUGGAGUCUCUCAGCAGCUGCAUACUGUCCAGGUUCAGCACAGUCAGCAGAUCUCCACCAAUCAAAGCAGCUCGGACAUCCACAUCCCCGCCUCCUCCACAGUCAGCCUUCCUGUCUCUUCCUCCUCUUCCUCAGUAGCCGGUCACAUGAUGUACCCCGGUGGUCACACGGUGAUGUACGCCUCCCCGACGCCCUGUCUUAGUGACGGCAGCCUCACCGUCCUCAACACCUUCUCCCCGACAGGUCAUGCCCAGUCACAUGACCCCGGCUCUGUCCCGCAGGUCUUCCUCACCUCGCUCCCUCCGGUCGGUUCUCAGAUCCCGGUGUCGGCAGUUCAGCUCCAUCAGAUGGUGAUCAGUCAGCAGAGCAGCAGCAGUAACCUGACGGAGCUGCAGGUCGUCAGUCUGGACGUCCACCAAUCAAAAGACGACUGAUGGUCACAUGACGCAUGCUGAUCGCAGUCAGCCACUUCUCACAUCCUGUGUUUGUUGUGAUAAUGCUGCAGACAUCCUGUUUUCUUCUCUUCUUCAUCAUCAUGUAAACCUGUAUUACAGUUUUAUGAAUGUAUGUUUUUAUAUCUUCAGUAUAUUUUGUUCACAUUUUAAUUUGAGAGGGAAAAAAAGUGCCAAAAACUCUGAGAUGUUUUUUCAUUAAAAACUCUGCAUCGUGUUUUGAUGUCAGGACGUUGAUCAGCUGACCCCGUGUCAGCAUAUUGUUUUCUCUGAUGCAUAUGUGGACCAAUCACAGACGAGUAUUUCUCUGGUUUUGAUUCAAUUAUCAUUAAUGUUGAAACUGAAAUUGAAAAAGAACAAUAAAUGUUUAUAUUGAACGCA